AGGUGCACACACGUGCUUAAAAACUAGAGGAUGGCUCGGUCAUGUACACAUCAAGUGUACUUUCGUUUUUAUCGUCGAGCUGUAAAGGCAAAACGUUUCCUUGUUUGGGCGCGUGCUCAAACUUCACCUGUUUCACCGCAACACAGGACACAAGAACACCACACAAGAGGUUCGAUCAGGACUACAACAAGAUGGCUCAGUAUCACAGGCUCUCAGACGCCAGUGCCUCAGAUCACAGCACGAGCGUUUCUGCUGGAGUGAUCAAAGUGCUAAAAGAUCAUGGAUACACCAUAGAGAAAGAACUUGGCCGAGGGGCUUCAGGAAUGGCGUUUCUGGUGAAAGACACAGAAGGAGACCCUUAUGUGAUCAAACAGUUGAAUUCCAGAGAUGAGGAGGAGCUGGAUGCAGUCAGAAAGGAAGUUGAGAUCCUGAAAAAUCUCAGCUUUGGAUAUAUUGUAACUUAUGUGAAUUCAUUUGAAGAUAAUGAAGCAGGACGCAUUUAUAUUGUGAUGGAGUACUGUGAAGGAGGAGAUCUUUCAAAAGUCAUGGAAACACAUCAAGGAGAAAGUUAUUUUGAAGAACAACAGAUUCUUGACUGGCUUGUUCAGAUUUGUCUGGCUCUGCGUUAUCUCCAUGAGAAGAAAAUUCUUCACAGAGAUAUAAAACCUCAGAAUAUCUUCCUGACUGAAGAUGGUUACAUCAAUCUGGGAGAUUUUGGAUGCUCAAAAGUAUUGGAAAGAGCUGAUGAAUAUGUUAAUUCAGUUGUGGGUGCAAAGCUCUAUGUCAGCCCAGAAGUUUAUCAGAGGAGAUAUAAUUCCAAGAGUGACAUAUGGUCAUUGGGAUGGGUGCUCCAUGAUCUCUGCAUGCUUGAUGUGUGGGCAGAUGUCAUGCAGCGUCACAUAAUUCAUGCAGUCAGCAUGACAGGAAACCCCCUUCAUAUCUCAGAGAGAUACUCAGCAGAACUGAGAGAAUUAAUCAGACAAAUGCUCAACCUUGACCCUAGAGAAAGGCCUUCAGUUGAAGAGAUUCUAGCAAAACCAUUCCUGGAAGAUGCAGUGGACAGAAACAGCAGAACUCCACAGGCACUGAUUCAGUGUUUCAUUAAGUCUGUCAACAGCUAUGAUAAGGCCUACAACCAGCACUAUAAAGACCUUGAAGCCUUAGUUAGUGAGUGGGGAAGAAUAACAGAUUCGAUGGAGUCUGCACAUUACAGCGCCACAGCCGGCAGUCUGUCAGGUUCAGUGAUUGGAGCAGCUGGAGGAAUCACUGCAUUAGUUGGUUUAAUUUUGGCACCGUUCACUCUCGGUGCAUCUCUGAUUGUUACUGGUGUUGGUGUUGGAGUUGGAGUUGCAGGUGGAGUAACAGGUGCUGCAUCCACCAUUACUAAUACUGUACAACAAAAAUCAUUCAGAGAGAGCCUUGAACAAAUUCAGCAAAAGUAUAAAACUGUAAGCGAACCAAUUCUUACACCGCUGAAUACAUUGAGAAAAGUACUGAAAAAAAUCACGAAGUUCAGUUUUUUUUUUGGCACAUCAACUUUUGACAAUGUAAAAAUAUCAUGCAAUUUAGACAGAAGAAGUAUGUUCUGUGCCACACAACUCAUGAAUUUAGGUCUGCUGGCAAAUGUAAGCAGAAUUGCUACUCAGACUGCAAGAGUAGGACGAGUAGUAGCAGAAGCAGUCUCAGGUGUGUUAAGUGGACUACUAGUCAUACUUGAUGUCGCCUUCAUAGUGAUGGAUUCGGUAGACAUACACCAAAUGAGACAGGGAAAAGUAGAUGAUCCAGAAAAGGUCAGAUCCAGUGUUCUCAAAUCCAUUGCAGAGAUGAGGAAAACACAUAAUGAACUUUGCAAUGUCCUGAAGGAAAUGCAGAAAACUAGAGAGGAACUAAAAGACUACAUAGAAUUGGCCAAGGAUGUCAGGGAAAUAGACAAUGAUUUAAAUAGUUUAACCAUAUAGAUAUGAUUUCAGUCAGAGAGUCAGGAAACGUCAUAUAUUGCUCUGAAUCCAGAAUUUUUUUGUGUAACAUGAGGUUGAGUAUUUGUGAUUCCCCUAGAGUUAAACAGUUGAGUUUUACCAUUCAGCCAAACUCCAAGUCUGGCGGUAGCACUUUUAGCUACAGCUUAGCGUAGAUCAUUGAAUCUGAUUAGACCGUUAGUAUCUCACUCAAAAAUACUGUUUAACUCUAGGGGAGUUGAAAAAGGAGCCUAUUUUCAAACAUAGUGGAGUGUCUUUUAAGUCACCUUUUGUUUAUAUAGCACUUUUUACAAUAUACAUUUUACAAAACAAAUCAGGUUUACAGUGAUAAAUGGAAUACAAUAUGCCACAAAGUCUGAAAAAAGAAAAUUACAUUGUUCAGCUUGAGUCAGAUUAGUGUUGAUUCAGGUCCAUUAUAAAUAUAUUAAGUUAUUAAUUAAUUUGUUACAAUCUAUUCAAUAGCUCUGGAGAAAAACGAUGUCAUAUUCCAACUCCGUUAAGUUCUCAUAUAAUAGUGUCACUGCAGUCAGAUCAGUAAUAUAGUUGAAUAGUUGGUGUCCACAGCUGAACAAGCCAGAGUUAAGAGUUGCUAGAUAGUUGCUGGAUAGAUAGAUAAAAUAAAUAAAAGAUAGAUAGAUAGAUGGAUGGAUGCGGGUAAUUGAAACACUUUUUCCAAGGUAAUAGUUAAUGUAUAUUGUGUUAUGUUAUGUUUUAUUUCAUCUUACUUUGUUUGCUUGAUUAUCAGAUUUCUUUCACCUUGUUUUUAUAUCCCUCUGUUUCAGUUUAAGGUGGUUGAUUCUCAAGCCCCUUUAUCUCAAGCUCUCCACUGGUAUGUUACGACUGACCGGUUUAUAGUGCAUUAAAAUCCUCCUGGGAAGUUUG